AUGGACCUGAGCGUCCGUUCGCAAACUCUGCGCACUGUCUGCAAAGAGUGUUGGAGAAGUGUGCGCAAUAUCUCGGAUGAGGCUCAGCUGGCGGAGAAGUUGUCCCAGCGUAUUUUAGUGGAAGGACACGCACAGCAUAUCGCAUUAACAUGCCCCGACAUCCUGAUAGACCUCUUGAACAGAUUGAAACACCGAAACGCACACGAUGCAGCUCUUGGAUGUGCCUUAGCAGAAAUCGACUCCGGAGAAGUCGAAUACUGGGCUGAAAACUAUUUCGCCACACAUGGCGUGACGUUCCUCGACAGAUUCCUGAAGUCUCACAAGACACCUCUCCAAGAUGCGGGUCCGCUCCCCAAGAAACUCAAGACGUCUGAUCGUGGAGAAGACCUCCGCAUCCUUCGGUCAGCCGCAGUGCUGCUCCGUCGUAAUCCAGAGUUCUAUAGCAGUCUCUGGGACUAUAGUUUCGCGAAUGGGAAACACGAGCUCCCGCUCACGUGGUACGCAUCGCAUUGCUUCGCCUACUUCAGUAAGAUGAGCCCUGCGGACUUAGGGGAGAGGCUCCUCCAUAUUUUCGGCGAGGAUCGAGACGCUGCCUUGAGAAGGGAUUUCGGCUCGUCAUUGCGGAACGAAAAUAGAUUACUCGUGCAGAAAGUCCUCUUAUCGGAACGAUGUAACACCGUAGACGUGGAAGGCGUCACGAUUUGCGCGGAUUCCUCUCCGACCUCAUUCCGAGAAGGAGAAUCGACGGUGUACACCCCAUCAUUCCGAGCUUGCCUCCGUGAAGUGGCUUCGAGCGUGGUUUCUAACAAGGCCGUGCUCGUCAUCGGUGCCGUCGGCGUUGGUAAAUCCAAAUUGAUCGAGCAUCUCGCCAACGUGACUCGGAACAAGCUAUUCAAGGUUCAAUUGGGCAACCAUGUCGACAGCAAGACCCUCGUUGGAUCCUACUGCUGCACGGAGGUCGCCGGACAAUUCAGAUGGCAUCCCGGUUUGCUGACGAGAGCCCUGAGAGAAGGUCAUUGGCUGCUCCUCGAGGAUUUGGAUUACGCAACAGCGGAUGUAAUCACUCUGUUGACCGUGCUCCUUCAAGAGAAAAAACUACCUGGAGCACACGGGUCGAAUCUGAAGAUGAAAAGUAGCUUCCGCUUGUUCUGUACGAUUCGAGUACUAGGCUCUGACAGACAUUCCGAGUUGGUCGGCAAUUGUCAGUCUGUGGAAGGUCUCUUCAGCAAAUUGUACAUGCCUUCGCCGAAUGAUGCGGAGAUCCAGCAGAUCCUGGUGGAGCGUUGUCGGAGCCUCGAAAUGUUCGUGCCCCGAAUGAUCGAGUUGUUCCGCAGAGUCCAAGAUCGUCUGUUCAAAGAACCGCAAUGUAAACGAGUGAUAUCACUCCGAGAUCUCGUCAAGCUAAUUUCGAGAUACGCCAAAAGUGUCACGGGCUCUGAUACGGACCGAUUGAAGAUGUUCGUUGACGCGAUGGAUUGCCUGGCUUCGUACAUACCCUAUCCGGACUUGCGGAUGUCAAUUGCGAAGACCGAGAUCGGCCCAAGAUUCAACCUUGUAGCGCCUGAGAUCGAAGACGAACUCCUUGAAAGGAAGCCGCAGAUCAGUGCGGGAGAGCGCCAAUCUUCCUCGCUAACCAUAGGGCGUUGUGUCGUGAAUAAGCGAUCACUGAGCGCUUACGAUGCAGCUGUGAGGAAAUCCUGUGAUCAGUUCGCCCAAACUAGAGUUUCUCUGGUGAUGCUCGAGAAAAUCGCACGCUGUGUGCAUUUCCGGGAGCCCGUGCUACUCGUCGGGGAAACCGGAACAGGAAAAACAACUGUCGUACAACAUCUCGCGCAACUGGCAAACUAUCAGCUGAGAGUGAUAAAUCUCAGUCAGCAGACAGAUAUGGUGGAUCUUGUUGGGGGCUUCAAGCCUGUUCCCCUACGAAGAUCCGUCGCAAAACUCAUUGACGAAUUGCACGACCUAUUGAGCAUUCGGUCCAAGCUGUUGCAAGCGAACAUCUCCUAUCUGGAAUGUUUAAGAAUAAAGCUUGCCGCUAAAAGCUACAAGAGCGUAGCUGAUUCGGUAGCGAAAACCUCCAGGAACAUGUACGUCGCCUCCAGAGAUGGACAGAUAAAUGUCGAGGCCGAUUGGGGAGGGAAACUGCAGAGCUUGGAAUCUCGCGCUCUCGCGAUGUCAGCUCAGAUCGAGAGCUCCGAAAACAAGGAUCCGAUGACGUUCGCUUUCAUCGAGGGCAUCCUGGUCACUUCGAUGAGGAAUGGCGAUUGGAUCUUGCUUGACGAGAUAAAUUUGGCUGAGCCCGAGAUGCUGGAGUGUCUGGCGUCCGUUCUAGAUGGUCAACAGCUGAUCGUUCAGGAAAGAGGUGAUCUAGAGCCAAUAAAUGUCCAUCCUGGGUUCCGGAUAUUCGCGUGCAUGAACCCUGCAACUGACGUCGGUAAACGAGAUCUGCCGGCCGGUGUCAGAAACCGCUUCACAGAGCUGUACUUCGACGAGAUUUCAAGUGUACCAGACCUGAACAUAUUGACGCACCAGUAUUUGAAGGGACACAGCUCAGCCAUAGUCGGGAAGAGUGUGGAACUCUUCACUCUGCUGAAGAAGCUCUCCAAAGAAAAUCUGUUCGACGCAACAGGUCACCGGCCUCACUUCUGCCUGCGGAGCUUCUGCCGGGCGUUGCGAUUCGCAGCAGAAAAAACUCAAGAAGGGAACUCGGCGCCGCGGAGUGUCUAUGAAGGGUUCGGUCUCAGUUUUCUGACACAAGUGGACGCCGCGUCGCAUCUCGUUGUGGAAAAUGCAAUUACUGCGGCUGUUUUGGGCAAAAAUGCCGCAUCUCUGUUGGCUGAACAGAUGCGGUCCCCGACGACCGGCAAGUUCGUCCAUUUCCAAGGCUACUGGGUUCCUCGAGGGGACCAAGAGGUCACGACGCCGAGCGACUAUAUUCUGACACCUACAGUUCUGAAGAAUCUGAAGGAUUUGUCUCGAGCUGUCAGCGCUAGACGACAUCCAAUAUUGCUACAGGGCGGAACGUCCCUUGGAAAGACCAGCAUGAUUUCAUUCAUGGCGAAGUGCACCGGCAACAAAUGCGUUCGAGUCAAUAAUCAUGAGCACACCGACAUUGCCGAGUAUGUGGGUCAGUAUCUGACUGAUACUGACGGGGCACUAGUUUUCAAGGAAGGAAUCCUCGUCGAGGCAAUGCGUAAAGGUUAUUGGAUCAUCCUCGACGAGUUGAACCUCGCCUGCUCUGAAAUCUUGGAGGCGCUGAAUAGAGUUCUCGACGACAAUCGAAAAUUGUUCAUUCCGGAAACGCAAACCGAGAUCGAAGCCCACGAGAACUUCAUCGUGUUUGCCACGCAGAACCCGCCCGGGACUUAUGCUGGCCGCAAAAUACUCUCCCGCGCUUUCAGGAACCGAUUCAUUGAAUUGCAUUUCAACGAGCUACCCCGAGAUGAGCUGAAACAAAUUCUCAGCGAGAAGUGCGAGCUGUCUCCCACUCAUUCAGCUAAAAUGGUGGAAGUCAUGGUCGAGUUGCAACUUGUGCGCAAGGGGUCAGGAGUGUUUUCAGGGAAAGAAGGUUUCAUCACUCUGAGAGAUCUAUUCAAAUGGGCUGAGAGACACCGUCGGAUAAAUAAUGAAGGUUUCCGAGAUUGGGAUCAGUUGCUCGCCGAAGAAGGCUACAUGCUCUUAGCCGGCCGUGUUCGGAAAGCGGAAGACGAGGAGCACAUCAUUCGAGCUUUGAAGAAAGCAUUCAAGCGCGACGUCAAACCUGAGUCCAUCUGGAAUUCGUCGGAAACCACCAAGAAAAUUCGCAACAUGCUGGAGCAUUGGUCGCACCACUUUUCGGACGCACAAAAAGGGGAUUUACGCCAUUUGGUGCUGACUCAACAAAUGCGUAGGCUGGCGAUCCUUGUCGGUCAAGCUCUACAAUUUGAUGAACCGGUGUUAAUCGUCGGUGAGACUGGAUCUGGGAAGACGACGAUCGUACAACUCUUCGCGAAGAUCCUCCACAAACAGCUUCACACUGUCAGCUGUCACCAGCACAGCGAGGCCUCUGAUUUUCUCGGCGGACUACGACCCUGUCGGGACUCUCGCCAGGAUGGAAGGCAGGUUUUGAGGCUGCAUGGAAACGUGAUUCUCUCUACGUCGCUCGACUUACCGAAUUCUUCCAACAGAUUAUUUGAGUGGACCGAUGGACCUCUGGUGAAAGCGAUGCAUUCCGGAGACUUCUUCCUCGCCGACGAAAUCUCUCUCUCCGACGACUCGGUUCUCGAACGACUGAACUCGCUGCUGGAGGCCGAGAAAACGAUUUUCCUCGCUGAAAAAGGCGAGGGCGAAUCCUUCACCGCUACUGAAGGUUUCUGGUUCGCGGCGACCAUGAACCCUGGUGGGGACUUCGGCAAGAAAGAGCUCUCCCCAGCGCUCAGGAAUCGAUUCACUGAAAUUUGGUGUCCAUUCGAUCCCGACGAUCCAGAUGUUAUCGAUGUGGUGAAGAAUAAUCUCGUGAAGAUUGAAGGACACGAAAGUGUUGCGAGGAAUAUUUGUUCCUUCGCUCGACUCAUUCACGGAGGAGAAUUCGGAGUGAAGAGCGUAGUUUCCCUCCGAGACAUCAUGGCUUGGGUCAAAUUCGUGAAUACAUAUUCUAGUCUACUCGGUAUCAGAACCGCCUUCGUUCACGGAGGCGUUAUGAUAUUUUUGGAUCCAAUCGGAGCUGGGGUGAGCUCGUCCGAGCGGCGAGACGAGAUUCGGGAUAUUCGUCGGAAAGGCUAUGAGUGUUUGACGGAAAUGGUUCUGAGUUUCGACGUCAUCGUUCCUGGCGAUCGUUGCAUCGGAGUCUACUUCGAUCCGGAAAGCAUCUGCGUCGUCCCCUACAGACUAACGAGGAGGGUCCCCGUCGAGGCAGGAAGACCUCAGACGUUCCACUUCUCGGUUCAAACCACUCGUGAUAACUUGAUGCGCCUCGUUCGAGGUCUGGGUCUCGGGCGUCCUUUGCUCCUGGAGGGCUCUCCCGGCGUCGGGAAAACGAGUCUCGUGAUGGCUCUCGCAGAAGAAUGCGGGGUCGAGAUCACCAGGAUCAAUCUCUCCGAACAAACUGAUAUCAGUGACCUCUUCGGCGCGGAUCUCCCCAUCGAAGGGGGUUCGGGGGGUCACUUCGAAUGGAGGGACGGUCCUUUCCUGCGAGCUCUGAAAAUGGGUCAUUGGAUUCUUCUGGAUGAGCUGAACCUGGCGUCUCAAUCCGUUCUCGAGGGUUUAAACGCGUGUUUGGAUCACCGGGGGGAAGUCUUCAUCCCAGAGCUGAAUCAAUCAUUCAAAGUCGCACAAGGGUGCACGGAAAUUUUCGCAUGCCAGAAUCCCCAGAGACAGGGUGGCGGCAGGAAGGGCCUGCCGAAGUCUUUUCUGAAUAGGUUCACCCAGGUCCACGUUGAGCCUCUGAGUGAUCGUGAUCUCUACAGGAUUCUUGAGGCUUCAUUCCCCAAUAUCGAUGGAGAUCUAAUCGAGAAAAUGGUGAAAUUAAACUCAAUCAUCACCCGGGAGGUCGAGCAGGGACUGUGGGGACACAGUGGAUCGCCAUGGGAAUUCAAUCUCAGAGAUCUUUGCCGUUGGGCCGAACUGGUGGUGACGAAUCAGCCGUGUGGCGCACUCCGGCAAUUCGGGAAUUUCGGCGCUGAAAAAAUUUGCCUCCCGGAACUUGAUGCGAAGCGCUUCUCCAACCUCGCACAUUUUGUGUACGGAGACCGCAUGCGCAGUCGGCACGAUAAAGAUCGAGUUUCGGAACUCGUCGAUGAGGCGUUCGGCGUGGAAAGCGAUCGAAGAUGUCCCAGAUUGAGCAUCACGAGCGAUUAUGUUCAAAUCGGCGAAGUUUUCCUUGAUCGCGUUCGGAGUGACAAAAGCUUCGAGUACCCCUCAGCCGAAACGGGGAAGCUCCGGCUGCUACACGCGCAACGACGAACAAUGCAAAGCGUCGUUUCAUGUCUCAACCAGGGUAUGAUGUGCAUCGUCGUAGGAGAGAGUGGGAGCGGGAAGACAUCCAUCAUACGCCAGAUCGCAGCGCUCGCGGGCCAGAAACUUGUCUCACUCCCAAUCACGGCCGAAAUGGAUACUAUCGAACUCCUAGGCGGUUUCGAACAGAUGGAUCUGGAACGAGACUUGGCCGCAGUAGUCGAUGAGUGCUGCGAAAAAGCGAGGUCUGCCAUCCGCAGUCGAAAAAAUUCCUCGCAAAUCCGAGAAAUAUCAAAGAGUUGGCACAUCCUUCAGAACGACGAGCUUUUGCCUCGCGAUGUCGCUGCCCCAAAUAAAUUUCUGUCUAAGAUCGCUUUCAUUAGGCAAAAUCUCCAAGCGUGGGGUUGCUCGCAGAUCAGCCGGCAACUAGACGAGCUAGCCGCAAAAUACUCCUCGCUUUCCGCAAGAGGGAAUUUUUCGUGGUGUGACUCCACGCUGGUCAAGGCCAUCCAAAGAGGACAAUGGGUUCUGGCUGAGAACGUGAACUUCUGCGCUCCUGCCGUGCUCGAUCGACUCAACAGUUUGCUGGAAAAGAACGGCUCUUUGAGUAUCACGGAACAAGGUGUCCAGAAUGGGGUUCUUCGAACGCUGCGGCCUCAUGCGGAUUUCCGUCUCAUCAUGACGAUGAACCCCAAACACGGGGAGAUAUCCAGGGCCAUGCGAAACCGGGGUCAUGAAAUUUAUGUGCUUCCCCUAGACGAGACGAUCGACGCGCACGAUUUUGAAGCACUCGUAGAGGCCAAAGGUUGUCUCGACAAACGCGUUGUGGAGAGCCUACGGCUCAUCUACUCACAACUGAAGUCGUUCCGUUCGAAGAGUUUGAUCGGCUCGAUUCUCGAUGCGGUGGAAUACAUGGAAGACGAAGCCGGUCGCGGGGCACAGGCCGUCGAGGCGUUGCGGAAUUAUCUGCUGCCCACCCUCGAGAGUUCAGUGAACGGCGAAGUCGACGUAGAGCUCAUUGUACGGGACGCUCUUCAACAGCUAGAAAUUCACUAUUCCUCAAUUGGACGUUUGAGUGGAUCCCAAGAGACGGCUUCCGUCGCGAAUUUCGUGUACUGGUCCGAACAGGCCGAGCAUUUCGAGGACGCUGCCAUCAUGAGACUGGUCGAUCGAUCGCAGACAGAUGAUAGAGAACUUCAGCUCGUCAAGCUGGCAACGGCGGUCCAGUUGUUUUGUGAAAAUAUCCGUAGGGUGGAUAUACCGUCGAAAUUCGACGCGAUUGAGCCCGAACCUCUGCGACUAGCGAUACGUUCAUCGAUAGAGUACUUUUUGAAGGAUCGUCUGCACAAUCUUGGGAAAUAUACUCCAAUCGAUCCUCGUUUGAACUAUGACUUGAGUCAGCGUGUAGUGAACGAGCUCACGGAUCCGAUGGCAAACACGUUCGCGCUCAAAUUGCUGCACGUUGUCUCUGCUAACACUUAUCUCCAGCCUGAGAAUCUUCACGGAGUUCCCGACGCUAAACAAGAUUACGAAACGUAUCUCAGUAUUUCGGAGAAGAACCCGAGCCUUCAUCCUCACAUCAUGGUCCGGCAAUUGCCGAAAUUACUCGAAGUUGUCGAUAAGUUCUUCGAAGAGCUCACCGGGAGUCAUAUCAGCGACGAACAGCUUUUCGCGGCCAAGAGAUCAUUAUAUGCGAUCUGGCGGUACCGAGAGAGCGUCCAUCUUCCGAUCAGGAACGUCGACUUAGACAUCCGACGCAUCGCAAUCGCUUUUAUGUGGACGAUCAAGCGAAUGCGGCAAGCUGCGGGACCCAGUACCGCCAAGUUGCUCACGGAGCUCACCGAUCAGCUGGAAAGAUGCGUGCCCGCGUUGUUCAGCAGGGCGAGGAAAAUUCGCAAGCGUGCGGUUCAGGCAGUCGGAACCGCGAGGGUUUUCAAAAGUAAGGAAGCCGCCGAGCUUUUCCGACGAGCUGUCUCCCUUCGUUCGCGAGCCGACAAAGCCGUCGCACAGAUGUCCUCACAGUUGAGCGACGAAGGUCUAGCGGUGGUCACUUGCGCCGUGUCUGAAUUGGAAAAAAUCACGGCGCCCAUCGCGCCCUCCGUUGAUUGCAUAACGCACGAUCUCCUAGAGGUGGGGAGCAUAACGACCAGUCAACUGAGUGCCCUGGUCGAAUUCGAGGGGCUUCUCGAGGAGUUCCUCAAGGACCUCCAGAGGUACGAUGAGAACUACGUACAUCGCGUGCCCUACAACCACGAACAAGAGCUCCAGAAGCAUCUGCGGCCUUUGAGAGAUGUUCUGAAACUGAGGACUGACAUGGCCGAGAUCGAACACCUCGGACCCGAGUUCAUGUCCCAGUUCAUCGAUUUGGCUCAAGCGAGCUGGAAUUGUCUCAGCGGUCUUCAAUCGAGUCUCGAGUGGCGUCCUCCGCACAUUCUCCUGACGCUCGACUCCGCCAAGGAUUACUUCAACGUCCAGGAGCUCGAGCGCUUGGAUCAUUCCAGUGCUCUGGUUUUCAACUCUGCGGCAAUUGUCAACUGUUUAGGAUCUCUCGUGGAUUCCGAGACGAACGCCGCCAAUUUACACCUCGACUACUCGCAAACGAAGCUCUCCGAGCUGGAAGAAAUCCGUCGUCUGCUCUGGAACCAGGCUUCUGUCGACUCGAAACUCAACGCUAAGCUGCUGCGGACUCUUGCAGAAGUCUUCCAACGCGUUCGACCAGUUGUCACGGAAAAUAGAAACUCCCUGACUAAGCAGCUCCAAGCUGCAUUUUCAGAGGCCGAGGCAGCAUCCGUCGCAAUCGAUUCUGGCGAUGAAUCACUCGAGCUUGAAGAACUGCGAUACCAAAUCCGGGUCUCCCAUUUCCUCCUUCUGCUCUUCACGCCUUACGAUACGAUGGAUCCCUUCGAGAAGGUUCUUCUGAAGAAGAAUUAUCUAUCGUCCGAGAGACGACAUCUCACCGAAGAACUGGAGAUGAGAGUUUGGCUACAGAGAAGGCGAACGGGGUCGGAAGUUCUGGACGAACACCCCAUGCAUUCUCCGAAUGCUCGGACCUGCGACGAAAUCGCGGACAAAGUUCGAGACCUGAGCGGAAGAUCCGCCUAUCGGCCCGAAGUUAGUCAAUACGGCGAGAUGGCGAAGGCGGCGCAGAAUUACGUCGAGAACGUAGCCAGCCCAGCUAAGGUCCUGCACUUCUGGGAGGCUAUUCUCAAGGAUGAGGACAUCGGAGGUCAGCUCGAUACGUGGCUCACGAAUCAGAAACAAUUCAUUUCUCGAAUUCGCCGGUCUUUCCCUCUGUAUAGGGAUAUAACGACGGCGUUCCUUUUCGGUGCAGUUCAACUCGUGGUCGCUUUCGAAUCGCUCUAUCAUUUCAAACAGUGUGAGAAAAUUCACGGGAACCUCGGAGAUCUGAUCCGUUUCCCUCGCUUUGCGUCGUGCCUGGCAGAGGCUCCUACCGCUUCGCUCAAUCAAUUGGUUUCUGUGAGGCCGAGCAAAAGAGGAACACCGGAAGAAGAUUUGAAACUUCAAUGGAAUCUCAAGAUGCGAGAAUGCAGAGCUGAACUACUGGAGAUACUUGAUGCGAUUCGAACGUCUUCGACGAAUCAAGAGAAACUUCUGAAGAGAGCAGACCGUAUCCUCGGCUGGUUCAGCAGUCAAUACGUCGAAUACGUCGAGCAGGAAGCCGAGCGAGCACUGACGAAGGAUUCGCUCUACGAAAUCCGAACGAUCAACUUCGAAGGAGAAGAACGCGACGAGGUGCUCGACGCGGCAGCCGUCGCCGCCAUGUUCCCGAGUUUCGAAGAAGUCUACGAGGACAUCGCCGACGAUCGGGAUUUCCUGAACAAAGACAAGCGGGUGGAGAAACCCACGAUCGUUGAAGACACCGAUUUCAGGAAAUUUACGGAUGACGAUCUCACCUUCGUGCAUCGAGUGUUCCUGGAUAUCGUAGCUUCGGCGAAGAUGAGCCUCCCCGCGGGUCCUUCGGACGUCGUAUCCGCAUUGAUGGAGAGAUUCCGCUUGUUCCAGGAAUUGCUUCCCGACUUCAGAACGAACCUCAGCAUGCGAGUGGACGAUCUCUGCUACCCGUCGCAUCUUCUCGCAGCAACGUACACCGGAUGGACCAUCAGGGGAGACGAGGAGAAAUUGGCAGCUUUCGCGAAAUCGAGGCUACGCCACAGCAGCGCUCUCAGAGACUUCUACAACGAUUCGAAUAUUUCUGAGCUGGUCAAAUGUCAGCCGGUGGUUCAUCAGAUCGUGAACCACUGCAAGGAGCUCUUGGGUGACUUCGAGAAUCACCACGGUCUAGUUCAGACGCUUCGGGUGAGCUAUCGUGUCCUCAGUCUGCCGGUGACGUCAUCGCUGAUGAAGGUCCUCACUGGGCUGAUGAAAUUACUCGCCGAACUGGAAGAGUGGAACAAGAACGCUCAUCGGGGCAUCAAGAUGGCGGCUGAAACGGAAAGCUUGGCGCAGCUGAUAACGUCUUGGAGGAAGCUCGAGCUGCAGAGCUGGUCUGGCCUACUCGAAGCAGCAGUCGAAAAACGAAAGAUCGGAGCUACGAAGUUCUGGUUCCGGCUCCAGCACGCGCUGUCGGAGGAGAGCAGAACAAUCAAAUCCGCAUCGGUCUUCGACGGUGACCACGAAACGAUCAGGACCUCGGUCAGAGAGCUUAUAUCGGCGCUGGUGAGCCUGAUGGAAGUGACAACCACGGUCGGCGACUACGAGCACAAACUUCAAAUGUUGUUCGACUUGGCGACAUAUGUGAAGCUACGGAACUCUCCUGAUGACGAGCGAAUCCACAAUCUCAUUCUGAAUGCCUACGCUUUCUACCGGCAAUUCCUUCCCGCGAUCUCGGCCAAAAUCGAGUCAACGAAGGCAGAGAUAGAUAAGGAGAUCAAGGACUUCAUCAAAAUCGUCCGUUACAAAGACACGAGUUUCCUCGCUGUGCAACAGUCAGCUGACAAGAGUCACAAGAAACUCCACGGUUGUUUGAAAAACUUUGAGAAAGUGCUGGCUGAGCCCUCCGCCAGCUAUCUCGAGCAGGAGCUCGAGGAUGAUCCCCCAGCACGUCCUGUCGUCAAGAAACGAGGGAAGAAGCGCAAGGUUCCGAUCGCUACCGAAUUCGAGUUCGAUAUCAAGAAUUAUCACAUCAAGACUGUUCCCCUCAGGGUCGAGGUACAAGACCCCGAUCCCAUAUCCGACAUUCCGAGGGUGCACAGACUGUCGCGGAAUUAUCUUCAACAAGUGUCGCGGCGUCUCCACGUGCAAUCCAUCUCAAACCUCCUCGACGAGCUCGCCGGGGAUAUCGCUGACGGAGUCAGCAAGUUUGCGAAAGAAACGGAGAAACAAAUCCGUCAUGACGACAAGAACGCGAAGCGCAAGGCGAAGAAUCUCUUGCAACGUAAAAAGAAAAUGCUCUCGGAACUGUUCCGCGAACUGCUCAAGUGCGGUGUUUCUUACCGUAAGGGUGUGGUGUUCUAUCAGAAGUCGAACUUCUCAGAAUUACUGUCAACGAAGCUCUUGCGGAGUUCAGAAGUGCCCACCGCGGUCGCUCAUCUUGUCGAUGACAUUGAGCGGUAUUUCGUGCGAAGUGCUCAAAAGUACAGGGAGCUCCAGAAAGCGAUGCAAUCACCAAGCAAGGAGCUCGAACUCUACAUGAUCGAGCGGCUGCAAGGAUUCGGAGCUCACCUUUUGGAAACGAUUUCGAUCGACCUGGAUGAGAUCCACGAUGUCUGUCAAGCUUCUCGCAAAUUACGUAAGAAAUUGACGAGCCUCAAACACGUCGUCUCGUCGGGGACAAUCCCGGAACAAGAUAAGAAUUGGCGGAAAAAGAACGAGCUGCGUUCGGUCUUGUUCAAAUUGUCUUCGUGUCUCAAUCAAUACACUGUUCUUUUGGAAACCUCACCUACGAUCGAUGUUGGCCGUGACCAGACGCCGACUCGGGGGAGCGGAGGAGGAGAGGCUCUCACCGCUUUCUCGAAACUGCUUCAAACCGUUAAUAUGAAUCUGCGAGCUUUGGACGCAUUGGAGCAAGCACCCCUUUCCGGGAGCGAUCUCAAAACUAUUGAGGAAACAGCGGAUCAGCUCAAAAUUAUUCGAGGGGAUAUCGAGCAGGCCAUCGGCUUGUUGGAAAGGGAUCGACAGAGGAAUCACAUUACGGAACCCUUCUACGAGCUCCAGGAAGAAAUCGAUCGUCAUGUGAUCCGAAUCGAUGCGAUGAAUGGGGAUUCGGGUUGUCCGUCGAGCGUGGACUCCGAAGUGAGUAAGCUCGGAAAGUCGCUAAAAAGAUGCUUGAAGAAGACCCUCCAUUCUGUUCAGAGUCUCCACAAGACUUUCGAGAAUGAAGCCGAACUCGAAGACGAAGAUCUCAUAAACGACUCGAUAAAAGUCCUCGAGAGCGAGCGGCGCAAGGUGUUCUCGAGUCUCGACAUCGAGGGAGUUCUCAGAUCCUACGAGCAAGUUGAGAAGCGGUUGAAAUCUCUCAAGAACGAAAUUCCGUCCGGGAAUCUGCUGGCGUUCGUAGCAUUCAUGAAGAACUUCUCGAGUCAUCUCGAGUAUUUCGUUGCCUGCACCCUGAAAUCACAACGAGCGAAACUGAAGCUGCUCUUCAUGGUUCUGUCGGUCAGCGUCACUCUGACCCGGAAGGGCUUCUGCAUUCCGGAGGAAUUCCGCGAUGAACUCACCAAGGAAAGUGGCUCCCAGCUCCAAGAAAUCGAGGAUGGCGGUUUGGGAGACGGCGAGGGCCAGAAAGACAGGUCGGACAAGGUUGACUGCGAAGAUCAGCUCGAAGAUACUCACCACGCGGGAAAAGAAAAGGAAGAGGAGAAGAAGGACGACGACCAGAGAGAUAUCGAGGACGAGAAGGACGCUAUCGAGAUGACCGAAGACUUCGAUGCUGAGGCUCAGGGACCGGAUGAGAAGGAACAGGAUGAAGAGGAGCAGGAGGAUCAAGAUCGCGAAGACGAUGAUAAGGAGGACGAUCUCGACGAACAGAUGGGAGAUGUCGACGACGUCGAUCCUUUCGAUCUCGAUAAAGAAAUGUGGGACAAAGAUCAAGACGAAUCCCAAGACAUGGACUCCGACGAUGACGCACAGGGGGGUGAGGAAAUUGAGGAGGAGAGCCAGGUUGUCGCGAAAGACGAUCGUGCCAAAGAAACUGAGAAAAAGGAAAAGCAGAGCGAUACUGACGAUAAAGAGAAACCCGAUGAAGACGACGAUAAGGAAGGCAAGAUCAACGAUAUGGACGAUGAAUAUGAAGGCGAGAAAGAGGAUCCGUACAAGAGCAACAAGGAUAAAGGCUUGGACGAAGAAGAUGAAGUCGAGGAUUUCGAGUUACCAGAUCAGGAAAUGGAAGACGACGAAAACGCUGAGGGCUCCGGCGACGACGAUGCUGGAGCUAUCGAGGAUGAAAAUGAAGGCGGGAGUGAUGCAGAAGGGGACACCGAAGUUCCUGCCGACGAGGCGAUGCCCGAGGACCUCCAGGAAGAGGCCAUGGAGGAGGAGAACGCCCCCGACGCAGACGCACAAGCGAAAGACGAUGAAGAGGAAAUGGUUCAGGAUCAAGAGGCCGACCAGCCAGACGAGGCGGCGAGCCAUCCGGAGCUGGCGAAACCGAAAGAUGAUGACAACCAGCCUCAAGUGGAACAAGCGGACGGUGCGAAAAGCUCCGCUGAAUCGGCGCUCGACGAGAAUCCGAAUUUGACGGAAGCCGCUCAAACGAACGAUGACAUCGACGGUUCCGGCGAAGGUCAGAGCCAAGCCCCGGACUCUGGAAGCACGGGACGGAAGAACAAGGCUCAGGAUCAGUCGGUAAACGACGAGGGAAACUCUCGAGAGAACGAGAAGAAGAAAUCUUCCAAGGAUCGGAAGACUGUCCCGCAGAAACCUAGAGAUUCAAAGACGGUCGAGGGCGACAUCUCGGAUGCGUCUGAGAGGAAGCAGAGCGGAAAGGAAAAGAGCGACAAGUUCGAGCAUCAGACGGAGUCUGAAGCCGAUGCCGAGAACGAGGAAGUUGCUGCUGAUAUGGCUACUGACGAUCAAGCCGAAAAAACGCAGAAUAUGGCAGCAGAUGGUGAAAAUCCUGAAGAUGUGGAUUCGGAUAUGGAGGAUGUUGCGCCCCAUGAAGACGAAAGCAUGGAUGUUGACGACGACGAGACAGAGCGGAAAGAAGCUAUGCCGAAUCGUCAGCGACAGCAGAGUCGGAAAGAGGACGCAAAAUCUUCGAAGGGAGAACACGGGGAGAAUACGGAGGUCGUUCCUAAGGAGGGCGAGAGGAUCGCUACUCAUACGGUGCUCGUGGAAGAUCAGUCCGAGCACAACACCGUCCACACCCUCGAGCGGUUCAUCGAAGCGAACGACCUGGACGACUUCAAAGCCUCGACAUGGAAUGAUUUGAGCGGAGUGCCUUCGGAAGUGGUGACUUGGGCUCAGGCCGAAUGUAGGGUGAAGCGACUCGUACAAGAGCUGUGCGAGGAAUUGAGGCUCGUUCUCGAACCUACGAAGGUGGCGAAGCUCAGAGGAGACUUCAGAACAGGCAAACGGCUCAACAUGCGAAAGGUUGUGGAUUACGUCGCCAGCGGGUUCCGGAAGGACAAGAUAUGGCUGAGGCGAACCCAGCCCAACAAACGGGAGUAUCAGAUCCUUCUCGCAAUGGACGAUUCGCUCUCGAUGUCAGACUCCUUCGCUAAAGACAGAGCCUUCGAUACUAUGGUUCUGCUGACGAAGUCACUAAGUCUCCUCGAAGUCGGUGACAUCGGAGUCGCGUCCUUUGGAGAGGAUGUGUCGUUGGUUCAUCCUCUAGGAGAGUCGAUCUCAGCUGACACUGGGGUAAAGCUCGCUCGACAUUUCACAUUCGCACAGAAGGCGACACGGGUCGCGAAGCUGGUUUCGCUGGCCACGGAUAUGUUCGAAAGAUGUCGAUCCUCCAUGUCAGGGUCUACCAUGCAGAAAGACUUCGCGCAAUUAUUGAUCAUUGUUUCCGACGGGCGGAACAUUUUCGCUGAGGGAAAAAACGCGGUUCAUGCAACCAUCCAGAGAGCUCGGGAGAACCGAAUCUUCAUAGUGUACAUCAUCAUCGACAACCCGGAGCAGAAUAAGGCGUCGAUACUGAAUAUUCAGUCGGUGAACUUCAACAAUGGUAAAGCGAUCAGAACAAGAUAUUUGGAAUCCUUCCCGUUCCCAUUCUACAUCAUCCUCCAAAAUGUUGACAGACUACCCAAUGUUCUUGGACAAGCCCUCCGCCAGUGGUUCGAAUUAGUGAUGGGCAAAUAGUCGACAACCCAAAGAGGGUGCCGGUGUCAAUCGAUUCUCUCGAUUCAUUCACCAAGUCUCGAUUGUCGUUACGUUUUUUUUUCAAGAUCUUAGAAUAAGGUCUCUGUAGCCGGGGGCGUCUGAGGAUUUCCGCAGUUAUCUGACUCCUACUAGUAUAUUCGUCGAGACCCGAGAUGAUGUUCAUGUUAUUCAUCGAGCGAUGACAUCGGAUUCGAUACCUGU